UCCCUCCAGAAGAGGUGUGGUCGCCUCCAUCUCCGGGACUAAGUGGAGGAUUUUGCAGGCGUCCGUUUUGUCCUGGAGAUCAUCGGCUGCUCGAUCGGUUAUGUCCUGUCGUCUGUCUGGGUAUUCGUCUGGCCGUCUGGGAUGAGUUUCAGUAAUGACAUGGACGAGACGGGGGAGGGCAGCAGUUGGGAGCCUGAGAGCUUGGAGAUGAACAAGCUGCGUCAGAGCUUGCGCAGGAAGAAACCGACCUACGUGCCCGAGGCCAGCCGACCGCACCAGUGGCAGUCCGACGAAGAAGCCGUGCGGAAAGGAAAAUGCAGCUUCGCAGUCCGGUAUCUGGGUUUGGUGGAGGUGGAGGAGUCCAGAGGGAUGCACGUGUGUGAGGAGGCGGUAAAAAAGCUAAAAGUGAGUGGAAAGAAGACAGUUAAAGCAGUGCUGUGGGUCUCCGCAGACGGUCUUAGAGUGGUUGAUGACAAAACCAAGGACCUCAUCGUUGAUCAGACCAUCGAGAAGGUGUCAUUCUGUGCACCGGACCGCAACUUCGACAAAGCCUUCUCUUACAUCUGCCGGGAUGGCACCACCCGCCGCUGGAUGUGCCACUGCUUCAUGGCUCUUAAGGACUCGGGUGAGCGUCUGAGCCACGCGGUGGGAUGUGCAUUCGCGGCAUGUCUAGAGCGAAAGCAGCGCCGGGAGAAGGAGUGCGGCGUCACGGCUUCGUUCGACGCCAGCCGGACGUCGUUUGUCCGAGAGGGCUCGUUUCGGGUCUCCUCGACCGGGCAGCAAGGCGAAAGAGAAGAAAUCAUGAAGCAGCUGCAGGACAAGAAGAAAGAAGUGUGCACCGUCCCCAAAUUGCCGCCGGGCAGCGCCUCACCGCCUGAGGGCGCCGCAACACAGAUGGACCGGGCAGAGGCCGGUGGGCCGCACAUCAUACCGCGCCGGCACGCACCCCUCGAGCAGCUAGUGCGGCAGGGCUCAUUCCGUGGCUUUCCAGCGCUCAGCCAGAACAACUCACCUUUUAAACGGCAGCUGUCGCUACGCCUCAAUGAGCUGCCGUCCAACCUGCAGCGCAAAACCGACUACCAGUCCAAGAACCCAGCCGGUGAGAUGGACCUGUCUGUGGCAGCUGAAGCGGACAGCAUCAACGCACUCUGCACUCAGAUUAACAGCUCGUUCACCAAACCAUCGGAGGACCCCGGUGCCAAAGCAACCAGUAACGGCUUGCCAGCAUGCACUGUGCCUCCUACCAUACCUCCACCGCCUCCACCUGUACAAGCUGCCAGUUCAUGGGUCCAGGCCGAGCCUCCUGUCCAGUCUCCCACUUCGAGCGGCCAUAGGCGCACGCCAUCAGAAGCUGAGCGAUGGCUGGAGGAAGUGUCCAAGGUGGUUAAGGCCCAGCAGCAGACCCCGCCAACUCUACCCACUCUACCUCCACCCACUCAACAACCCCCACCAGUCCCCUCUGGGUCCAUGGCUCCAGGUUCUCUUCCCACCUCCAUGCAGCCCUUUCCGAUGGCUUUUGACGCCACCCCAGCUCCGGUGGGCAUGUACGGUCAGGCGCCACUCCAGCCAGCCUAUGUGGCUAUGCAGGCAUACAUGCCUGCCAUGGCUAACAGCAUGACCUAUCCCAAUGCCAGUGUACCCGUGGUGGGAAUCACACCCUCGCAGAUGGUUGCGAACGUCUUCUGCAGUGCUGCCAGUUCCUCAGGUGGAGGCGCCGUGGGUCCCAAGACCGGCAGUCUCGGUGGGGUGCCGUCAGCUUUUCCCAACUUGGCAGGGAGCUUCGCUAGCCCCACGUUUGGCAACCAAACAGCCGUUAAUGGGCUGGCGCACAAUUCACUUCCCACUACCACCAGUAUGGCAACUGGCACUGUUACACACAAUAGUACCAUGACUAGUGCGAGCGGUAGUUCCAACAGCUGGCCUAUGGAGAGCCAGCAGCAGGGCCAUCCUUCAGCAGAUGCCCAGGAAGCAGAGGGGUUCGAGGCCAAGUGGGCAGCUCUCGAGUCUAAAUCGCAACCCAGGGCCGCCAACCCUUUUUCCAAUGACUUACAGAAGACCUUUGAAAUCGAGUUAUAGUCGCACGCACCUAUAACGGGCGCCUAUAAAGACCCUGAAAUGAGACUAAAGCUACACCACAUCCGUUUUUAACUUCUCUUUUUUGCUCUUCUGCAUCUGCUUGUCGAGAUUGGUCCUACUCUGAGGGACUGUGAGAAUUGAGUUUUAUGUCAUUCCAAAUACUCACAAAUGACUAUUGAUCUGGGAAUGAAGGCCCCAAGACGUGGUCGCAUCUUUUCAAGCGUUACUUAAAGAAGAUGAAUUGAUGCGGCCAAUAUUUUUAUUUAUUGUCUUUCUUUUUAUUCUAAAUGAUUUUAUAUUCAAUUUAAAACUAUAUAAAAAAUAUGCAUAUAGAGUGGGUGGGACAAGAAUUUAACCACUUUUGUUUUUAUUUAAUAUACUUCCAGUGCACGUGUCCAGUGUGUUAAAAAAACAAACUGAAUCAAUAGUAGCAAUCACAGUGAAUGUAAAAGUUCUCAGUUUCUUAGAGACAACAUUAUUAAACCACACUUAAAUUAAAAAGGCUAUAGCAAACUACCUAACCCUUCCUGUUCAUACAACUGGUGAUAAGAUUUCACAGCAUGGUUUUAGACUGAUAAGAAAAGUAAGAGAAAUGCCAUCACCCGCUCUAAAGGGGUUGCAGGAGGACCUGAAAGCAGCAGAAACAACAGUUACAAAUGCAGUAAACAAUAAGCAACGAACUGCGCCGCAACAAACCUUUGUUCCAACAGCCCAUAUAGAGCUUCUGAGUCUCUUCUAUCUACGCCAUUAAAGAAAUCAUGAAUGGAUUGAGGUACAAGGAGUUUUAAGAGGAGAAUUUCAUUUAAUUGAAACAGAAAUUACAUCUAAACAUCUUAACAAGAGAACAACCCCAAACAGGAAGGCAAAUUUAAAAAAUGUGGUCCUCGGCCUAGCCUAUUUCCUGACUUUAAUCCCACUGAAAACUUUAAUCGAUGUUAAUCAGUGUUAAAAUGUUGAGUCCAUUAGAGCCCCUUGA